GCACCGGCACUCCAUGCAGGAAGUGAAUUCUGUGACCAUGUGAAGUCGUGAAAGGUGAAGGGAUCAGUGUGAACAUGCAGGCUGCCAUGGAGAUCACCGCUAAGUAUUGCCGGAAUGAGAUGGAAGAGUAUGGCCAAUGUGUUUCUAGCAAGCCAGGAACGUGGCAGCAAGAUUGUCAUAUGCUGAAAGUCAAGGUGGCCAAGUGCACGUCGUCACACCCGGUUAUACAGAAAAUCCGUGCGCAGUGCGCUGAACCUUUUGUUGCUUUUGAGCAGUGUCUAAAGCAGAACCAAACCUCGGUGGAAAAUUGCUCGAAACAUGUAACGGAAUUCCUGCGGUGUGCGGAAAACGUCAAGCUCGCUGACUAGUGUCCCAACGUGGUGGUUCUUGUUCCUGAUGACACUUUCCAUAAAGUGAACUGACCGUAACGGCAGGAAAUUGUCGGACGUGUUGUCCUGACCGGUGGAUCCCAUCUGGAAAACGAACAUUAUUGAUGCCCCAGCUGAUUCUGCAUCUUCUCCAGGAAUGGGCCAUCUUUACAUUGUAAACGUCUCAUACCGUGUGACGUCACCUUUGUCGCUUUGUUGAUUUUAGGAAAAAUAAUAUGUUAUGGUUCAGCUA